AGCUCGGGACCUCUGGCUCAAGCCGGCCCUUCGGUGAAAAAAGGGACAUUUGCAUCAACGAAGCCUGCGGCGAGCUGCGCCACACGCGAGCUCAAUUGGCCAUGAAGAUCUUCCUGUUGGCUUUGCUGCUCCCAGCCUCGGCCACAAAGACCAAUGCCGCAGCCAACCCCAUCAGGAAAGUGGUGAACAUGAUGGAGAAGAUGUCUGAUAAGAUUGAGGAGGAAGGCGAACAAGAGAAAGACCUCUACGAUAAGUUCAUGUGCCACUGCAAAGACGAGCUCGCUGACUUCAACAAGGGCAAAGCUUCCUUUGAGGCGGCCGUGCCAAAGCUGGAGUCCGAGAUCUCAGUCGCGGAGGCACAGAUUGCGCAGCUGACCCAGGAGAUCGAGGCCAAGAAGGCGGACGAGGUGGCCACCAAGGAGUCCAUGCAGAGCGCCUCCACCGAGCGCGAGAAGGAGCACACCGUUUACGUGAAGGAUGUCUCCGAGCUGAAGGCCGAUAUCGGGGUGAUCAGCGAGGCUAUCCCGGCGCUGGAGCAGGCUGGCGCCUUCGUGCAGACCGGCCAGUCCUCCACUCUCUCGGCGCAGGCGGAGCGGCUGCAGCGGGUCUUCGCCAAGCGUUCGGCCAGUGAGAGCGAGCGAGCAGCGCUCGCUUCUCUGGCAGCAGGGAAGUCGGAGGGCAUUGGCGAGGUGAAGGGCAUGCUGGAAGUGCAAAAGGACGAGCUGCAGAAGGAGGUCUCCGUCGAUGACAAGGAGGAGACAAAGGAGGUGAACAUCUUUGAGGAGCUCAUGAACGCCAAGACGGAGGAAAAGGAGACCAUCGAGGACGACCGUGGCCGAGAAGAUCGACCGCCUGGGUGCACUCAAGGUGUCCUUGGUGGAGAAGAAGGGGGAGCUCAAGGACGCGCAGAACGCCUUGUCCAAGGACUUCGACGUCCUGCAGAAGCUCUCCCAGAGCUGCGAGGCCAAGACAACGGAGUGGGGCACCCGCGAGAAGAGCCGCGGCGAGGAGCUGACCGCCAUCCAGGAGACGGUGAAGAUCUUGAACAGCGACGAGAAUUUGGGCCUCUUCAACAAGGCGCUGCCCAGCCCCAGCUUCCUUCAGCUCACGGCUUCCAGGCGCACUGCCAUGGGCAUGUUGAAGCGCUACGCCCGCGGGCUGGGCAAAGAGGCAGUGGCCAACCGCACGAAGGUGGACCUGGUGAUGCUGGCGCUGAACAGCAAGGGCGUGGAUUUCUCCUCUGUCAUGGGAAUGAUCGACAACAUGACCGCGCUGAUGGAGCAGGAAGGCAGAAGGAUGAUGACGAGAAGAAGGCCUACUGCAAGAAGCAGUCCUUUGAGACCAAGCGCAAGGCCAAGGCGCUGCGCCACAAGAUCCAGAACUUGGAGCAGGCGGUGGCCAUGCACGAGGAGGCCAUGGAGGCCGCGGCCGCGGAGAUCGCGGAGCUGCAGGCCGGUGUGGCGCAGCUGGACAAGUCCGUGGCCGAGUCCACGGAAAUGCGCAAGAAGGAGCACGAGGAAUUCCAGAAGCUGGUGCAGGAGCAGUCCGCCACCAAGGAUGUGCUGCUGGUGGCCAAGAACCGCCUGAACCAGUUCUACCACCCAGACAUGACCACCACCCAGACGACGACCGGGCCGUAUGACCUGGGUCUCCUCCAGGUCCACCAGCAGCAGCCCGAGUUCGGGUCCGCCAAGUCUGUGCAGGGCAACGGCGUGCUGACCAUGUUGGAAGGCCUCGUCACGCAGACGGAGAAGACCGUGGCGGAGGCCAAGUACAACGAGAAGGACUCCCAGCAGCUCUAUGAGGACAUGCUGGCGGAUGCCCAGGCCAAGCGCGAGGCGGACAUCAAGGCGAUUGCCUCCAAGCAGAAGUCCAAGGCCUCAGCGGAGACGGGGAAGGUCCAAAAGUCGGAUGCGAAGAAGGCAGAGAAGGAAGAGCUGAAGGACGUGGAGCUCUACGGAUCAGAGCUGCAGGAGGAUUGCUCUUGGCUGCUGUCCAACUAUGACGCGCGCAAGACGGCCAGGGCCGCCGAAAAGGAGACGCUGGAGUCGGCCAAGGGGGCGCUAGCGGGUGCUCAGUGAGCCGACGCAGUGGGGGCGGACGGACGAUCCGAGA